AUGCUCCACCAGAUCAUUGGUCAGGCCAAGAAGCAUCUGAGCUUGAUUCCCCUCUUCAUAUUUAUUGGAGCUGGAGGUACUGGAGCAGCACUGCAUGUCUUGCAUCUGGCAUUGUUCAAUCCAGAUGUCAGCUGGGACAGGAAGAAUAACCCAGAACCUUGGAACAAACUGGGUCCCAAUGAUCAGUACAAGUUCUAUUCAGUGAAUGUGGAUUACAGCAAACUGAAGAAAGAAGGUCCAGACUUCUAA